AUGAGCGACUCGAAAGUGUCCCGCCAGGUCCCAAUGGACGGGCUACAGCACAGUUACGGGCCCGAGUACAUCCAGAGUCCUCCGCGGCAGCACAACAACCUACCCGAGGUUGCGCAUCCCAACCUCCCUGAGGCGGUGCCGCCCACGACUGUGGAGGGCGACGGCGGCAAAAUCUACGUUCAAAACCAAGGUUGGGUACCUUACCCGCAUCCCAGCCAGCAAAACCCGGCGGACGCGCCCGAGGUCGUCCGAAAGUAUGAAGCUUCAAGAAAGCGCAUACUUGGCCUACCUGUCCUGUGGUUCUGGAUUCUAGCUGUGCUAUUGAUCCUCUCCUUGGGCGUUGGCCUCGGUGUAGGGCUCGGCGUUGGCCUGAGCAGCUCACAUGCUCACACUGAGAGCUCUUCGCCGACUUCAAGUUCAACGAGCAGUGCUCCUGCCAGCGAGAUCACAAGCUCAUCAGCCACGUCUUCCGUGAGCACCACGUCGUCAUCCACAUCGUCUUCCACAUCUUCAUCGCCGACGGCAGUGACGAGUGGCACCACUGGCAUUGCUGCCAACUCAUGCAACUUCACCACGCCACGAACUUACACCGCCGAAGGUGACUCGGCUCGCUUCACCAUGUACUGCUUCACCGACUGGUACAAUGGCGACGAGGCGGCGAGCGGCAACGGAACCGUCAAGGACCUGGCGUACACCACGCUGUACACCUUCGAGGAUUGCAUGGAGUACUGCCUCAGCUACAACUCAGCGAUAUCAGACGGCGACACGGAAUGUCGAGCAGUGACCUACAACUCUAACUUAACAUCGAUCGUGAACGCGCAGGGCGGAAAUUGCUUCUUGAAAGACAAGCAAGGCGUCAAUCAGCCCGGUAGUGCCGAGAGUGCGAGUGCGGUCAUCGCCGUAUAG